GGAGGGCGGGUUAGGAAGCGCUGAGGCGGCUUCGGGAUCCUGCCUGCGUUUUGUGAGGGAAACGGGUUGAGGCGGAGAAGAAGUGGAAGGAACGGACGAAGCCCGUGAGGGAAUCAUUGUCACUGAGGAUCUGAUCAGUUGCCUUCACUCAAGAGUUCUGUACUGCUCUUUUUAGUCAGCUCGUCUGAGUUCCUUGAACAGCAGGGCGAUGGCUGCCGUGGUGGAACAGGAAAGUGAAACCCAACUCUGCAACAAUUGCAAAAAAGACAUUCCUGCGGCAAACUUCACCAUCCAUGAGAUCCAUUGCAGUCGAAACAUAGGGGUGUGUCAUAUCUGCAAGGAGUCUUUCCCAAAAUCAGAAAUGAGGAGCCACCAGGAGCUGGAGCACACGCAGGUUGUCUGUAAGUGCAGCAUGAAGAUGGACAGUGGUCUUUUGCAGGAGCAUGUGGCUGCAGAGUGUCCCUUGCGCCCCGUGGCCUGCCAGCACUGUGAUAUUGAGCUUGCAUUCAACAAGCUCCAGGACCAUGAGGACUACUGUGGCGCUCGAACGGAGCGAUGUAGCAGGUGCAGCCGCAACAUUCUGCUCCGAGAUCUGAAGGAGCACCCUGAGGACUGCAAGAGGGAGGCUGAGGAGGCAAGAGUCAGCCAAGCCCGGCCCUGCUUGAACUCCGAACCAGUUUUGCAUAGCGUUCAGACAGUCAGGAAUGUCCUCCAUCAAGACAACUCUGCACGAUCCCUGCCAAGGUUGAGCCGGUUUCCUGAAAGUAGGCUUUAUAACUGUCUCUCGGGUGACCAGCUGCCCAGUGAGCGCAACAGAAGGAACGUUGCUCUAUCGCAGCCGGAUCAGAAUCAAGUCCACCUGGAAAAGAUGACAGCCCCCUUGCCUUUCGGUGGAGAGCCAGAUUGCAACCUGGAUUACCUGCUGGCUCUUAGCUUGCAGCAGGAAAACAGCUCUCAUGAGCACAGUGGCACACAGAUCCGGAGGGAUCUCUGGAAAAAUAUCUGCCCCGCCAGAGCUAAAGCAGCUGAGGACUUUGUUGAUGCAGAUGACCCCGAUAUCUUCCCUCAGGGUUUGCUGGCACCUGCUAAUAAUGCUUUAAACAGGCCCAAAGCUGAAACACUGCUGCCUUGUGAGUUUUGUGAGAAGCUGUUCCCUGAGGAAGAUCUAAUCCUUCAUCAGACUGGCUGCAGUCCUGUCAGCGCUUUGGCAUCCUUCAGGAAGAGAAGCUCUUUUGUCCCUCAGGCUGACCGUCUUCAGGAUCUCUGGGAACAGCUGCAGAGCAGUCAGUCUGCUGGCAGCAGGGAAACCGUUCCUCUGCAGCAUGACUCCUCCAGCAGCCUCAUGCUCCCUUGUGAAUUCUGUGGCGUCCAGCUGGAAGAAGAGAUCCUCUUCCAUCACCAGGACCAGUGUGACCUGCGCCCAGCCACUGCCCCCUCAAUAGGAAGAGCCUCAUCACAGCAAGGGACUCCGGCUGUGGAUAACUUGGAGAGAACAAGCUCGCCAGAUCUGCCUAGAAGACGGAUCCGGCAUCAAGGGGAAAUCUCACCUCAGUACCUUGAGGAGUUCAGGCAGCAGAAGCCUCCCCACCCCAUCAGAGGGAAGCCCUCCCGCAACAAUCUGGUGGCUGCCAGACACAUUCAGCAGGCCCCUCCCAACAACACAAGAGACGGCAAUCUUGGGCCUUCAGAACGAGGCAAACCCAAGGAGCUGGGUAUUGGUGGUGGUCGUGGAAGAGUGUUGAGUGACCAUGCAGCUGCUGCCCCCCUCCCUACCAGGCGCUGUCCCUUCACUGUCUCUCCUAGUGGCUAUGUGCCCAGCUUCCCUGUCACAGUUCCAGCUCGGCCCAGCUUGAGAAGAGAAGGUGUCAGGAGUCCUGCUAGCCCUUCCCAUUACAACAACACCAAGGUGAAACCGUGGCAUGCUGAAUCGGACUACCCGGACAAAGAGCAAUAGGGAAAGGGCCUUCCCAGGGCAAGUGGGUUUGCCUUUGCUUCUGUUCCCUCAUAAGGUCUGGCUGCAGUAGGGCUGGUUUCAGUGUGACACUGAUUUAGCAGUGGGGGGUGGGGGAGAGGGAUAGGGAGGUGGGUGAUCAUAACCACAGCUGCAGGCCAGAGAAGUGGUGGCAGGAACCCUUCUCUCCUGAUUUAGGGCUGCUUUUUAAAAAUGUGCAAUGUCCUUGUGCUCUGAGGUAAGGGCCAGGGUGUGUGUCUGUAGGGGAUCAGAUUCAAAUGUGUCCUAUAGUCAAAACAACUGAGCUGAGAGUCUUGUAGAAGUUCUGCUUAAAAUGCUCAGCCUUGAGGCGUUGUCCGUGUGCAGCGCCGUUAAUGACACAUGGGAUUGUAUGUUUUAGACUUGUGGCUGGCCUAGCAGCUACCAGGCAAGGCCUUGUGAGGAAGCCUGGGUUGGUUGCUGCUUUGGCUUAAGCUCAACUUAUUGGGCUUCUUAACCUGUACUUUUGGUGCUCUAACUGCACUUGGCAAUCUAUUUCCCCAGUCAGGAGUGUGUAACCAAAUGGGAGGAAGAAGAAACACAGGGAAAAGCCAUAACAUUUCAUUAUUCUGCCACUGUGUGUGUGUAUAUAGCCUAUCUUUAAUACCAGAAGUGCCCAGUUUCAUUUCUGUAAAGACAACAACAACAAAAUCAAGACAGGCUUCUGUUCAUUCUCUUUAUGCUGAUUAUUCUGCUAUACUGGAGACUGUCUCAAAUUUCUUGUAAUAAACUUUGUAUCUCGUC